UUAGAAACAAAAAAAAAUCUUGGAGAUCCGAAAUGGGAAUAGUAGAGAACCCCCAAGAUUAAGAAAACACCCACCAGAUCGCAAUCCUCAUCACACUCUAUGGUCUCUCACUUCUGCUUCUCUCAUCUCAGCCGUUGAUUCCACCGAUCGAUGAACCUUAUGUUCUUCAAAUCUAGGGCUUCCACCUUUAAUCCCCACCCGAUCCCCAUCAUCGCCGUCACCUGCAAUGUCUUCAAAGAUCAACCACCCAAUCAACGGCCAGAUUUUCCCCCAGCCCUGUCCCCACCUCGCCGAGUUCCGCUCCAGGAACGGCGCCAAGGCUUUCCGGGCUCUACAGGACUGCCUCCGGGUCAAGCCGCCCAGUGGACGCGCCGCGAUCCGGCGGGACCCGGACGAGGUCCCGCGCUGCGCCGAGUGCGGCGACUCUGCCGGCCGCACGCGCCUCUACGCGUGCGUGAGGUGCGCUGGCGUCCACUGCCACGCGCCUCCCGGACCCUCCCAUACGGCGGUCCACGCGGAUUCGAUGGCGCCAGGGCACGAGAUCGCCGUUGACGUGGACCGCGCCGAGCUCUUCUGCUGCGCGUGCCGCGAUCAGGUCUACGAUCGAGACUUCGACGCGGCGGUCGUGCUAGCCCAGACAGCCGCGUCGACGCUCCACGCGCCUUCCUCCAUCGCCCGAUCACCUCACCCGGAGAAUCUCAGAAAGCGGCGCAGAGUUGAUUACCGGCCCUGGAUGCCAGAUCCGAGGGAGCGAGUCUUGAUGGGAAGCUGUUCCAGUCCGCUAAACGCCGCCGUUUCCGUCUCUCGUUCGAAUGAUUUGCCCUGGGGAUUGCGCGGGUUGAACAAUUUGGGAAACACAUGUUUCAUGAAUUCGGUGUUGCAGGCAUUGCUUCACACGCCGCCGCUGAGGAACUAUUUCCUGAGCGAUCGCCACAACCGCUAUUUCUGCCAGAAGAAGAGCGGUGCGAGCAACGAUGCUACUAGGAGGAAUGGGGCCAACAAUGCUGACGCGCGGAUAUGCUUGGCUUGCGAUAUGGACGCCAUGUUUUCGGCCGUCUUUUCUGGGGAUCGGAUUCCAUAUAGCCCCGCUAAGUUUUUGUACAGUUGGUGGCAACAUGCGGCAAAUCUGGCAAGUUAUGAGCAGCAAGAUGCUCAUGAGUUUUUCAUUUCUAUGCUUGAUGGGAUCCAUGAAAAGGUUGAGAAGGAUAGACGCAAACCGCAGAGUCAAGGCAAUGGGGACUGUUGUAUUGCCCAUAGAGUAUUUUCUGGUAUCUUGCGAUCUGAUGUGAUGUGUAUGGCUUGUGGCUUCACAUCUACUACUUAUGACCCAUGUGUAGACAUAUCACUGGACUUGGAACCAAACCAAGGGGGAUCUGCAAAGGUGGCGUCCACAAAGUCCAAUUAUUCUUUCAAUGGCGAGGCAGAUUUCAUGAAUUCUAGUCAAAGCUCUGGAAUAUCUACCCUAAUGGGAUGCUUGGAUCGCUUUACAAGACCUGAGAGACUUGGCUCUGACCAGAAAUUUUUUUGCCAGCAGUGUCAGGUGAGGCAGGAAUCUCUCAAACAAAUGUCCAUCAGAAAGCUUCCACUUGUUUCUUGCUUCCACAUCAAAAGAUUUGAGCAUUCCUCAGUACGGAAAAUGUCGAGGAAGGUUGACCGUUAUUUGCAAUUCCCAUUUUCCUUAGACAUGGCUCCCUAUCUAUCCUCUUCUAUCUUGAGGAGUCGAUUUGGGAAUAGAAUUUUCCCUUUUGAUGGGGACGAGCCAGAUACUUCAAAUGAAUUGUCAUCAGAGUUUGAGUUGUUUGCCGUCGUCACUCACACGGGUAAAUUAGAUGCUGGCCAUUAUGUGACUUACUUGCGGUUAAGCAACAAUUGGUACAAGUGUGAUGAUGCCUGGAUCACUGAAGUCAAUGAGAGCACUGUGAGGGCUGCGCAAGGAUACAUGAUGUUUUAUGUACAGAAGGUGCUAUACUACAAAGCAAGUGAAAAACAGGUUGCUGCAUGAUAUGCUGAAGGAAGAAUUGGUAAAUUACGUUAAUUGCACAACACAGAAAAAAUUGAAGAAUCAUUUGAAGUCAUGGUUAAUACUUUUGAUUGUACACCAAAGAAUGCCAUGGCUAGUUUUGUAUGCCAUGAUAACAGAAGUCAUUGAGUUGCUUUUGUCAUCGGUAAAAUUACAAAAGCAGCUCUCUUUGCCCUCUUGAGGACAUUUUUGAGCAAUGGUGGCUUUAAAAUUCUCAGUUGGAGCAUUAAGCCUGAAUUUUUGAGGCUGUGUGGCAGUUGGGAAAAAUUAAUUUAUAGAGGCAUUGAUUUCUUCAAAUGGUUUCUGAUAUAAAAUUCUUAUCCUUUCUCA